AUGGGAGUUGAUAAACUUAUUACAUUGAAUAUAGCGGCUUGGGAGGCCCCAGACCUUCCACUGACAGCCAAACUAGAUUCCUCCAUCAAAAAGAAUGUUUCUCUUGUUAGAAGAUUGCGUACAAUUACUUCCAAACAAACUGAAAGUAUUAUUAAAGAGAUAGACAAUGUUACUCUUGAUAAGUAUUUAAGUGAGAUACUACCUUUGAUAUAUGAGUGUUUGACUAGAACAACUAACCAGGAUGAUAUUUGGGCUUGUGUUCAAGUGAUUUCUAAAUUGCAUCAUAGGUUCAAGCUUUCCUUUAAUCAACCAUUGUUGGAGAUGAUUUUAGAUGGGAUGAUGAUUUAUGAUGAUUCUGAAGAAAGUCGAGUAAUUCUGAUGAACCUAUUUACCUGUUUCAUUGAAUUGGUGUUGGUGGGUGUUUUCAGGAAGUUUGGAGAUUAUCCAGAUGUUUCACCUUCUUCAUGGAACCUUCCUACUAAGGAUAAUGAAGAGUUAAUACUAUUUCCCGUAUUAAAGAAACUUAUACAAAUGGAAUUAUCCGACUUAUCAUUUUUGGUUAGACUUUCUUCGACAAUGAACAUUGUCUGGCCAAUUAUUAACGAAUUGACUGGAGAUGAUAGAGCAAUGUUGGUUAAAAUAUUGGAUAUUUAUCAUCUGAGGGUGGUGGAGAUCACCACGACGUUAACCCAACGUCUCAACAAGUGCAUUCAAACAUCCAAUAGAUCGAAUUUGAGGUAUGGGAAGAGUUUUGAUGAGAAUACAGCCGAAUUGGAAACUCUUCAAGAACAUUAUGAUCUUUCCAUUAAAGCAUUAAAAAUCCAAAGUAAGCUUUUAGGUACAGAACUCCCUGAAUUUACAUUGGAGCCACUCAUCACAGACUAUGAACAACAAUCCGUCAUUCAAGUAGAAUAUCCUGAGAAUUUCUGGGAAUCAGAGGAAGAGAGAUCAUUCUAUACUGAUAUUCCUACCCUUGAUGAACUUGGAGAUGUAGAUUUAUCAGAUUACGAAGGCUUGAUUGAUGGUGGAAAAAUAACAUUGUUCCUCUCUCAUUUUGAAAACCUUGAACAUGAGAAUGAUAUCAAUGAUCUUGUUUGUACCUUCCAAAAGUUGAACUUGAACAAUUUGGCUACCAAAAACCGUUUUUUCCGAUUCUUUACCGAAUCCUUCAAGUCUAUUAAUUUCAAGAUCUAUGCAAAGUUUUUGAAGAUCAAUCAGGAGACUAUUAAAGAUUUGUUGGGGAAAUUGAUUGAAUUUUUCGAUAAGAAAUUGAUAGGUCAAUCGUUCAGUGAUAGAAUUAGUUUCAGAUUUGUCUAUUUCUACAUUGAAUUGAUCAAGUUUAAAUUAAUCCCUAAUUAUCUCAUCUUCCAUAAAAUCGGGACUUUGAUUCGUAACAUUGCACUCAAUAACAAUGAUGAUUUAUUGACAGUAUUUUUCGAAAGGUGUGGACGGUAUUUGAUCAAUGAUGUGGAUUAUAUGGAGAUUGCCAAUCAAAUGAUUGCUUUGUUGAAGAAACAAACAUCAGUUCCUAAAUAUCAGAUCGACAAUUUGGUGUUGAUUAUUGAAUCUGCUAGAGUUGAUGGUACAAAACCCGUAGAAGUCGUUAAACAAACCAUGACUUUGAAACAAUCUUUCAUACUGGCCCUAUUCCAAGAUAUUAAUGACAAUACUAUCAAUACCAUUGUCGGUAUCAUGAAAAAAGUCGAUCUUAUGGACAAAGAAUUCUUUUCCCUUGCUAUAGGUCUUUUCAUGGGAACUUCUCCGACAAAUCUUAAUUCCCGUAUGUCGUUGUUAAAGAGGAUCGAGCAAAAUGAGUUCCUCGAUCAAUUCAGAAAUAAAGUACUUGAAUCAAUUCAACAAGGGUGCCAAUCAGGUGAUUAUACUUUGAACAAGGACAGAAUUUUGAAGACUAAAGUGAUAAAUGAAAUGUUUCAGAAGAAACUCUUUUCCUUUGAUGACUUGAUUGAUUUGUGUUAUAAGGUACUUAAUCAUGGACACAAGAAUAAUCAACCUUUACCUUACGAUUAUUCCGUCAAAUUAGAUUUACCUAAUAAUUUUUUCAAGAUUCAAAUGAUCUGUACAUUGUUCAGCAACAUCCAUCUGCUCAAACUGGUGAAGGGUAAUGAGAAGUUGGAAAUCUUCAUGGUUUAUUUCCAAUAUUAUAUAUUCUGUAAAGAACCUUUACCUUUGCAAGUUCAAUUUGAUUUGGAAGAAUUAUUCGAAAACAUCGCUCAGUGUGUUCCUGUUGAACGAUUUGAAAAUUUGAAUGAAGUCUUGGUAGUGUUGAAAGAGAUUUCAGCGAAAAGACUGAUGAAGAAAUCUGUUGUUACUAAAGAGGAAGAAGCUAGGGAGAACGGAACUAAUGAAAGUACAGUGCAAAAUGAGGUUGUCCAAGCACCAGUCACUUCGGUGCAUCAGGUUCAAGUUCAAGUUCAAGAACCAGAACAAGAACCACAACCAGUGGCAGUUCCAGAACCAGUUGCAAUCCCAAUUCCAGCUCCAGAUCCAGAUCCAGCUCCAGCUCCAGGACUUCCAACAUCAUCUCCUAAGAAACCUACGUCCACCAAUUUCGAACGAGAACUUGAACUUCAAUAUCUCCAAGUUCUUCGAGAGUCACAAAAUUCGUCUAAUGCCCCUAGAUCAGAUAUUCGUGUCCCUGUGGCACGAGGAUCCAAAUUCAAUUUGUUGGUGAAAAAUGGUAAAAGAGACGGCCUUAGAGAAAUAUCCCUUAAGGACGACUCCUUGAGACAAAGAAUUCUUAAACAAAAAGCAGAAAGAAAAACUCAUAAUUCAAGAACCAUGGAAUUGUUUCAACGCAUGGAUAGCCCAGAUUGGGAAGAACCUGUAGAUGAUGAGAAUACUACACCUAACCCUCUUGGUCAACAAAUCUCAAAUCCUUAA